GACGAAUUGCUUCACAGAGAGAGAGAGAGAGAGAGAGAGAGAGAGAGAGUUAUGGCGGGAUUGCUCUCUCUCGUCAACAGGUUCAGCUCCAAUUGUCCAAAGUUUGAAUCUUUCUUAUCUGGGCGUCAUGUAGCUGGAAAUUGUGUACUAAGCUGUUUGAAUUUUUCCUAUUUGAGAGAGGUGACAUUGCAGGAGGAAAAUGCACAGACAGCAUUGGAUACCAGUCGACCUCGCUGAUCAGAUGAAUCCAUUGGCAACUCCAAAACAACAGUUAAAACUGGAGAUGAUAUAGAAUCGUCAAAGAAAGCUAUACCAGACAAGUUAGAGGAGAGGAAAAGAGAAUUGGUUCGUUGCACGCCUUAAAAUUCUUUCACAUCUCGUUCAUAUUUUCAGACUGCGUGUGCACCUUUGUUAUCUUUUUAAUAUUCUUUUGGUGGCUGAGAAGUUAACUUGUCACCUCAGAGUUCAAAGGAAGCGGUAGUUCAAGUUAACUUCUCCAGGCCCAGCCGCCCAGUUGAGACAGGUGACAUUGCAGGAGGAAAAUGCUGCAUAUGAGAAGGCUAUCUUGAACUGUGACAGUAUCAAAUUAACAUAGAGAAGAAAAUUGAGGAAGCAGAUUUACUUAGCAUGAAGUUAAAGAGUUCAAUGGAAGUAGUAGUUCAAGAUUUAGAGAAAAAAUGGGGAGAAGUUCAAGAUAAUGCACUGAGCCAGCCUUUUCCAGCUCAAAGAGAGAAGAUUCUGGAUAAACAGUAUCAUAGCCUCAUUGAGCAACUAGAAGCAAAACAGGCACAAGCAGAAGUCCUAGUUGGUGAAAUUCAUUUGAAAGAGAUGCAGCUGGAAAGAUUAAAUGGAUUGUGGAGGAAGCUCGAAAGCAGCAACAAUGAGAUCAGUGCUGCUAGAAAUCGGUUUGGACAAAGUACAUCUGAAAGAGACAAUAUCCUUGAAGCUCGUCACAAAUAGGCUCAUGAUGCUAAGGUCGACGUUUGUGCUUUACAUUUUAGCUUUGCACAUCUUAGUCUUCAUCAGAAUCUCAUUUUGAAGAGUUUUUCCAUGAAUCCUACAUUGCCAAAUUCUGUUUCUGUGCCAAAAUUUGAUCUGUCUUGUAUUGUGAAAACAGGAAAAUAUGUAAACAAGGGGGAGGACGGAAAAUCUUUCGUUGUUUGAAUAUUGACAGUGUAUGAAACAUCUCAUAUAUAUAACCAAAGUGAAUGAACAGCCCUAUUUCCAUGACAAAA